AUGUCACUAUCACCACCAAUAUAUUGUCUAUCUGUAGUGAGCAUAGAUCCCUUGGCUGGUAAAUCAUCAUUAUGUAAGCGUUUGAUUGAUUCAAAUAAUGAUAAUUAUCAAUUAUUUUUAUCAAAUAAUGAUAAUACUAAUAUUUCUUCAUGGUAUUAUUGGGGUUCAAUAAAGCAUCGACGAUUAGAUGAACAACGUGAAGCAAUAUUUCAUUUAAUUGAACAUACAUCAAUAUCUACUGAUAUUAAUGAAUCAAUAGAUAAUUACUUGAAACGUAUAUCAAUAUCAUCAUUACGCGUGGAAGAAAAAUCAACUUCACAAAGAAAACUAUUUUCUAAAGAUAAAUUCAAUAUCAAUGGAUUUUUGUGUAUAUACGAUUUAUCAUCGAAUAAACCAAUAGCAGAUUUUAUAAUACUUCUUCAUGCUCUAUUAAAAACUCGUCGUUCAAUCAUAAUUGCAACGACAAAAAAUGAUUUAGUUACUAAUCAAACACUUCUAUCUAUUGAAUUUGAACAUUCUCUUCAUUAUUCAUUACCAAAUAUACCUAUUAUACAUACAUCAGCACAUGAACACGUUAAUAUACAAUCGGUACUUGAAUUGGCUUUACAUGCAUGUGAUGAAACAACAAAAAAAGCUUUUCAUAAAAAAUAUAUUCCACCUAACUAUAUAGAUGCUUAUAAAAAUGAACAAUCAUUAAAACAUAUCAUACAAACUGAAUAUCGAGGAUUAUUAACUCGACAUGUUCCUGAUCUUCGUGUCGGUUCAUGGGACAAAUUUUAUGAACGAUGGCAAAAUCAUACAUGUGUACAAACAUUUAUUGAUAUGUUUGGUAAAAAGCAAGCACAAUGCUUAUUUCAUGAGCAUAUUGAAGAAAUUAAAAGAUGGAGACAAAAAUUAAUUGAUGAAAGGCUAAUUCCAAUUAUUGAAAUGCUUGUAGGAGAUCAAAAAUCGAAAUUAUCCAGAAAUUGGGAAUAUGUGCGUUCACAAAUGCAAAAACAUGCCCAAUAUUCUUCAACUGUGAUACCAACACCAAUGUGGUCAGAUUCAGAACGUAAAAAUACAAACAAUGCACUUAUCAUUCCUGAAGAUCUACUUGAUACAUUUGAAGCUCGUCUUCGUUUUGAAUCGUAUCUAAAUAAUCGUCAAGUUGAACAAACACGUCGAAUGAAUUGCCGAUUAUUUUUCGAUUUAUUAAAUCGUUUUUCUAAUGCUGGCCUUAUUCAUUAUGGUGAUUCCUAUGAUAAAGAUUCUGUUUAUUUUUUGGGUCGUGAAUGCUAUGAAUCAUUGAGUGCACAUGAUCGUUUACGUAUAUUUGCAUUACAUCAAUCAUAUCUCUAUCGUUUAAUAUGUUUAAAAUUUGUUGAACUAUUAUUUGAAUCAUUAGAAAUUUUCAUAAAUACAUUUGAACAAAUGAAUUUAACAACAAAAUUAAAUCAUGAGAAGAAUUCUUAUAAUAGAAAAGCAACAACAAUUACAAUAGAUGAUAUAUUUCAAAAAGAAAUUAUCGAACAAAUUAAACAUGACUCGAGAUAUCAAUCAUUAAACGCACGAGAAACUGAUCGGCAUCGUCUAAUAAUGUGUCAUUGUCAUUUUCUAUACGAUUGUAUUUAUUAUCCAUCGUUAACUAUCAAUCAAAUAUUGAAACAACGUCGACGUUCAUUUAAACGACGAAAAUCUUCAUCGAUAUCGUUGUUUAGUAAUAUGAAUGUUGAUGAUAAUUUUUGUCCGUAUACAAGAAAAAUUUUAUCCAACAAUAAUGAUGACAAUGAAACAAGAAUUACGCAAAGAUUUGAAAUCGGUUGUCCCAUGGAGAAUAAUUGUGCAGAUAUUCGUAUUGUCAAUGAAAUCUUAUCGAAAUUAAAAUCCAUUAAUAAUAAUAAUAAUAAUAAUAAAAAUGUCCUAAUUUGUGGAAAUGAUAUUGAUGUGGAUCAUUUUUUUCGAAUAAUAUCCAAUGAACAAAAUAAUUUGCACAUAAAUUUUCUCACAUUGAAAAAUCUAAAAUUUCAACCAAUUGAUGGUUAUGUUUUUGUUUCAUCAAAUUCUCAAGAAAUUUUACAAGAUUUUAUUUCUGAGAAAAAAAUUCAGUUAAGCAUUGAUCAUAUUCAAACUGUGGAUCUGCAUUCUCAAAUUGAUGGUAAUUCCAUUUCGAACAUUCCAAUUGAUAUAAUUAAAACAUCACUCGAACAUCUUCUGUCCAAUGAAGAAUCUCAAAAUAACCUGCAAAAACCUGUUCAUCUUCGUAUAUUACUUUGUUUUAUGUGUGGAAGUGAAACCAAUGAUGUCAAAAAUUUUUUCUCACAAUUAUCUUCACGUUGUUCUCUUAUGAUUAACAAUCAAUCGUCAUUUAUGAUUAAUACAUUUCUUGGUCGAUCAAAUCGAAAAGUAAAACAAAAAGGACUGAAGUGA